UAAUUAGAAUUAUAUUGUCAUGGCGUAUCGCGUUUGUCCAAAAAACGAGGUCAAAGACCGCCCCUAUCCCAGGUGACGGCGGUAACGAAAGAAAUUUAUUGAGACGAAUGGAACGGUGCAAACAAAAUCGUGAAAAUUACGAGAAUACGUCGUUAACGGGACGUCGUAAAAGCGCCGGCCGCGUUGCACCGGAAUCACCACUUUCACGCCGGAAAAUUAAGGAACCCAUUUUAAUGGUCAAUAUAAUACCCGACAUAAUUGCCGACCCACGAAACGAAAUCGCUGAGUAUAACUGUGAAAUCUUGGACGAGCAAAAAUUGAUUAUCAAUUGCUCGCACAGGAGUUAUUUUAUAUCUUGUUAAGCGAUCGAUCGACUUUACUGGGAACUUUCGAUCGUAACGGAUAAUGUCAACGUUGAAGUUUCGCGGUUUUGUUUGGCAGUACGCUAUUGCUAUGGCAACUUUGCAAACGUUUGCGCGCGCGCAUUUUCUUUUCUUUUACGUAUACCUGCCGUUUUCCAUAAAAAAACUAUUCGCCACUAGAAGAAGCGAUGAGCAAUAUAUUUCUACGACGAUAGUGCAACGACCCGAGCAAACGAUAAGCCAAUUAAUUAGCUUGAUGCGCAACGGUUGCAAGUAUCAUCGAUUUGUACCAAUCAAUCGAGUUUGUGAAGGGUUGCAGUAAUAUUCAAAACGAGAGACUCGCAAAUCAAAGGCAGAGGAACGCGCGGGAAGACACGAAGGGAAUAACGAAAGCAGGUGGUUUUUUAGUGAGAAGCAAGAAAGCGAGACGAAAUGCCGAUUGAUUGUUAUUAUUUGCCGCCAAGUCCACCCUGUCGUACCGUUAUGCUACUUGCAAAGGCUCUGGGCAUUCAUUUUAACAUUAAAAUCGUGAAUGUCAUGAACGGAGAGCAUAUGAAUCCGGAAUUUGUACAGAUAAAUCCGCAGCAUGUGAUACCAACCAUCGACGAUAACGGCUUUAUUCUGUGGGAAAGUCGUCCCAUUAUGGCAUAUUUGGUUAACAAAUAUGCGAAAAAUGACUCUCUUUAUCCAAAAGAUCCAAAACAAAAGGCAAUAGUCGAUCAGAUGAUGUAUUUCGAUGCUGGCAGUCUCUAUUCCAAUUUAAUCAUAUGUUACAUACCAGUGGUUCGAGGCCAGGCUUCUUCCAUUGAGGAGGCAGAUCUGGAAAAAGUUAAGAAAUCAUUCGAGGUGCUCAAUCUUCUCCUCGAGGGUAAAGAAUUCGCGGCCGGCGAAAACUUGACUAUCGCCGAUUUCACUAUUAGUACAACUAUAUGUUUGAUAUUGUGUUUCGACUUUGACAUCGGCCCUUACGAUAACGUCGCCGCGUAUUACGAUCGUUGCAAGGAGAGUCUGGAGAAAUUCGGAUUCGAGGAGGUGCACGCCAUGGGUGUUAAAGUGUUUACCGAGCUCUAUCACGCGAAUUUGCAAGAAUCUAGUUAAGGUGGAUAUGGCUAUGGAUAUUUUUGCGCGCUUAAAGUAGAGGAUCGAUAAUACUUCGUUUACCUGAGAUCGAGAUUAGACAUGAAAUUCUAUUGUAACCUUAUAGAAUUUUAAUUCACUUUUUCCCUUCGCUAGUUUCUAGCAUUAUAACAUACUUUUUAAACCAAGUAAUGCCAGUAUUUUGAAAGAAUUGUUCUUGCUGUACGUAUACACAUAGUUUAGUUAAUAAAUUUGUUCUUGUGUA